AUGAAGAUUUUAAUAUUUCUCCCGCUGUUCCUGUUUCUGGCCAGUGCUGUAGCCCUUGAUGACGUCACAGUACUCACUGUGGCCACUGAGGAGAAUGACGGGUUCAAGCGCUUCCUGCGCUCAGCGAGGGUAUACGGUGUGGCCGUGGAAGUGCUCGGCAAGGGAGAGACCUGGAACGGCGGCGACAUGAACUACGCUGGCGGCGGCCAGAAAGUCAACCUGCUGAAGGAGAAGCUUUCGGAGCUGAUUAAGACCAAGGACAAGGACCACAUUGUCCUCUUCACUGACAGCUAUGACGUCAUGUACCUGGGUGGUGUGGACUCUAUCGUGGAUCGGUUCAAGGCUAUGGAGGGCACACGGGUGCUGUUCUCCGCCGAGCCGUUCUGCUGGCCGGACGCGAAGCUGGCCUCGAUGUACCCCAACACUGAGGUGCCCAGCCCGUACCUCAACUCGGGGGGCUUCAUAGGUUACCUGCCAGAAAUCUUUGAAAUUGUGAACGCAAGAGAGAUUAAAGAUAAAGACGACGACCAGCUGUACUACACAAAAGUCUACUUGAACGAGAAACUGAGGGGGACCCUGAGGAUUAACCUUGACCACAAGUCCGAGAUAUUUCAGAACCUCAACGGAGCCCUGUCUGACGUGCAGCUGCGCAUCAACUCUACCGAACCGAUACCGGAGGAGUGGCCCUUCGUGGAGAACGUGGCGACCAAACAGCGCCCCCUGAUCAUCCACGGCAACGGACCCUCGAAGCUGACGCUGAACCACCUGGGCAACUACCUGGCCAAGUCGUGGUCGCACAAGGAGGGCUGCACUCUCUGCGAAGAGAACAGGAUCAAGCUCGAGGACGAGCACCUGCCCAAAGUCAUGUUGGCGGUGUUCAUCGAGCAAUCGACACCGUUCCUCGAGGAUUUCCUCAAGCAGCUGUUGGACAUCGACUACCCCAAGAACAAGCUCCAGCUGCUGCUCAGGAACAACGUGGAGUACCACGAGGAGAUGGUGGACAAGUUCUUCCAGGAGCACUCGAAGGAGUACGCGACCGCUAAAAGGAUCAAACCGAGCGACUUCAUAUCGGAAGCGGAGGCCAGGGAUAUCGCCAAGGAUCGUUGCGUGAGCAGCGUGUGCGACUACCUGUUCUCCGUGGACAGCGUGGCCCGCGUGGACAGUCGCACCCUGCGCUACCUGCUAUCAUCGGGCUACGGGGUGUUAGCUCCCCUCCUAGUUCGCCCCGGCCAGGCCUGGUCCAACUUCUGGGGGGCGAUCAACGCGUCCGGUUUCUACGCUCGCUCGGCGGACUACAUGGAGAUUGUGUACAACUCCAUAAGG